AUGUUUCGCCUAGCCCGCUCUAGCAUCCUCAGAUCGGCCAGACUAGCAUCUAGACCUAGUGUCCUUCGAGUGGCGCCAAAAAUACCAACGUCAUUCUCCUUCCCCAGACCCCAGAUCAGAUGCCACUCCACAGACAAGUCAGCCACCAUCCAAGGUCAAAAGCCGGAGCUCAUGAUUGCAUUUACAUGCACCAAGUGUGACACGAGAUCGUCUCACGUCUUCCUGAAACAGUCAUACACGAAAGGAACGGUCUUGAUCCAGUGUCCCGGGUGCAAGAACCGUCACUUGAUCGCCGACAACCUCAAGAUCUUCCGUGACAACAAUGUCAACUUGGAGGACAUUCUCAAGGCCAAGGGUGAGCUGGUGGCCACCACGACAGAAGAUUUAGCUUUCGAGGACAUCCCCGAGUCCUUGAGAAAGACCAUUGGCCACCACGCCAAGGACGCUCCCGAGGAGUUUCAGAAGAAGUGGGAAAACAGCGACAACGGAUUGCCUCCUACAAAGGAGUGA